GCGGCCCGGACUCAGUCCUUUCUCACUCCCAGGAUACAGUAUUGAAUACUUGGGGGAUACAGAGGAUAAAAGACUUGAUUCCUGUUCUCAAACCAUUUAGCCUUGUCGGGAAAGGUAAUCUACAAAUCCAAGGUACAAAUGGUUCUUCAGGGCUAGCUGGAAUUUCCAGCUUUCAGGAGCGUCUGUCUUGUGGUUCAACUAUUGAAGGAUAAACUGACAGCUAUGGAUCAUACAUUGUUAAGAAACACAUGGGAAGGCAUGAGCCAACCCUGCACCUCACCACAAGACUAAGGAGAUCCAAAGUGGGGUUCCCUAGGGUCAGACUAAAUAUUUCUACUGUACUCUGUGUGAAACAGGCAGCUCCUCCUCCCUCUCCCCCUUGUGUUCAUUAUCCCUGCUGGUGCCUUGCUUUACCCCCCUCCCUAAAGUCCUUGUAGUGCUCCAUAACCCCCCUGAACCCCACUGGCCACUCCCAGCUCUCCUCCUGCCUAGGAAUUAGCCCCAGGAGGGAUCUUCCUUGGCAAAAGGAAGUGGAGGCUGCUAAGGCUCCUAAGACCUCCUGUGCAUUUAACUCAGCCAACAACUAUGGGGUGUUCCCCCAAGAUGUAUACACACUUUGAAUAUUAAUUCCAAUGGGUUAAAUCGAAAAGAAACAUCAACUGAGCUAUCAGCUUUUAGUAGUGUGUACAUUUUGGGGGACACCCUGUAUUUGAGUCCCUACUGUGAGCUCUCCCAUGUCUGGCACCAUGGACUUAGCAGUGAAUCAAAAAGUCACAAUGGCCCUGUGGACCUUACAGUAGGAAAGACAAGACACUCAAAACAAUUAUAAAUGCAAGGGCUGCAAAAGAGAAGCGUUGGGUUAUAGUGGGUUUUGUAGAAGUAGGGACAUGGAUUGGGAAACAAUGUUUGCAUUGAGGCCAUAAAGAGGGCCAGCCUCAGGCGAAGACAAACAGUUAAUAGUUUUCUAGGUACAGAAUGUUCCAGGGUGGGCGGGGAGCACACAGCAUGCCCCAGGAACCGACUAUCAGGGUGGCUACGGAGCACAAGGCAGGAGGCAGGUGGGACAGACUGCAGGAGUAUUCCGCAGUGCAACUCCUGCAGAAAGCCUUCGGAGAGUAACCCUAAUCCGCCUCCAGUCCUGGCCCAUCAGGUCCGGGGUCCCGUGCGCUCUGGGAGUGACGCCCCCCGCAGCAACUCAAACUUCCCGGGGCAGGGGACCGGGAGGGGUCGCUCCGUGCUCCCCUUGGCGGGGACCUGAGACACGCACACUCGCAGGGUCUGCAAACUGGCAGCGGGAACCCAACCCCGGUCUGUGUGGGCGCAACUCCGCAGUCGAGGGCUGCCCAGCGUCUUGGCAAGAAAAACUACACUCCCCACAACACUCUGCGCCUCCGACUCGCUGCGGUUGCUCAUGGCCAAUCCGGAGAGGUAGCUGUGGCGGGGGCCGAGGAGGGACAUUUUAAAAGGGCCGGGGAUUGCGGGCGUCAGUGGCCAUGGCGGAUACAGCGACCACAGCAUCGGCGGCGGCGGCAAGUGCCGCUGGCUCCUCGACCGAUGCACCUCCUUUCCAGCUGGGCAAACCGCGCUUCCAGCAGACAUCCUUCUAUGGCCGCUUCAGGCACUUCUUGGAUAUUAUUGACCCUCGCACACUCUUUGUCACUGAGAGACGUCUCCGAGAGGCCGUGCAGCUGCUGGAGGACUAUAAGCAUGGGACCCUGCGCCCCGGGGUCACCAAUGAACAGCUCUGGAGUGCACAGAAAAUCAAGCAGGCUAUUCUACACCCGGACACCAAUGAGAAGAUCUUCAUGCCCUUUAGAAUGUCAGGUUACAUUCCUUUUGGGACACCAAUUGUGGUCGGCCUUCUUUUGCCCAACCAGACACUGGCGUCCACGGUCUUCUGGCAGUGGCUGAACCAGAGCCACAAUGCUUGUGUCAACUAUGCAAACCGCAACGCUACCAAGCCUUCACCUGCAUCCAAGUUCAUCCAGGGCUACCUAGGAGCUGUCAUCAGUGCCGUCUCCAUCGCUGUGGGCCUUAAUGUCUUGGUUCAGAAAGCCAACAAGUUCACCCCGGCCACCCGCCUUCUCGUCCAGAGAUUUGUCCCCGCUGUAGCCAGCGCCAAUAUCUGCAACGUGGUCCUGAUGCGGUACGGGGAGCUGGAAGAAGGGAUCGAUGUCCUGGAUGGUGAUGGCAACCUCGUGGGCUCCUCCAGGAUCGCAGCCAGACAUGCCCUGCUGGAGACGGCGCUGACGCGAGUGGUCCUCCCCAUGCCCAUCCUGGUGCUCCCGCCAAUCGUCAUGUCCAUGCUGGAGAAGACGGCUCUCCUGCAGGCGCGUCCCCGGCUGCUUCUCCCAGUGCAAAGCCUCGUGUGCCUGGCAGCCUUCGGCCUGGCCCUGCCUCUGGCCAUCAGCCUCUUCCCACAGAUGUCAGAGAUCGAAACAUCCCAGUUAGAGCCUGAGAUUGCCCAGGCCACCAGCAGCCGGACAGUGGUGUACAACAAGGGGCUGUGAGUGGUGGCCGGCUGGCCUGGGGAUGCAGCCUGGUCCAGCCUGGGGAGCUGGGGGCGGGGAGGAGGUCUCGUGAGUAGCGCCUGCAGGGAGGGCAAGCUGGCCCCACCAGUCCUGGGCCACCUGGGGGCGGGGGGGUCUCCAUCCACAGUGGUAGGGAGACUAAUCUAUUCACCUGUUAACAUAAGGGAGAGGAAUUCUGACACAUUUCCUAUACAAAUAAUCAAGUGCAUUUCUGGGCCUUACGUGGGGUUGCCAAAACUCUACUCAGCACAAUUAUGUGUGAAGCUGAAAAAUUGUAGAGUGCCCACAGGGUAGAAUUAGGAUCCUUUUAUACUUUUUAUUUUUAUUUUUAUUUUUUUAUCAGAAUCAAGCCUUGGUUGCAGCUGCCCAGGUGGUGGUCUGGUGGUGGGAGUAGGGGUAGGCCUGCGGCGAGCUGGCUGGCUUGGUGGUGGGGCUGGUAGAUUUAAGAUAUUGCUGUGGCCAAGACCGACGUCUCCCUGGGUGUUCAGGGGUAGGGAAGGGAGGGGAGGUAGUCUACACCUCGUCGGAUGAGCCAGCUAUGAUUAAGGUCCUCAGGAGGUGGCCCAGGAAAUCAAGGAGCACUGGAAGUCUCUGGAAGGUCCCAUGGGCAGCUGGCUCUGAGUGUGGCCGGCCUUCAAGAUCCAGGCCACACCUGCAGAACCGAUUCCUCUACACGAAGCCCAGUGACACACGAGCUGGCAUCACCCUUCAUGGAGCCCUGAUAUAUGGGAGGCCCCUGAGAUGACCCCAGCUCCAGGCAGGAAGCCCCAAGAAGGAAUGAUGUUGGGCAGGAGCCGGGGGCAUGCAGCCCGGCCUUUGCAGGAAGAUCUUCCUCCCUGGCACCAGGCUGGAACUGGGCAUUAGGGCCGAGUGUGGGGCUGGAGCCAGGCUGACGGCCACUGAGCAGGAGGGCCUGUGCCUGAGAGUACAAAGGCCAGAUCUCUAGGCACCUAUCGGAGAGGAAGCAUCAACCUGGGAAUCAAAGCAGGUGCUGGCUCUGGCCGGCGGCGUAACCUUGGACAAGCCCACUUCCUUCUCUGAGCCUCCACCCCCAUGUCUGGAACCCGAGGACUGGAUCAAGGGAUUCCCGCCUGCUCCUCCAGCUAGAUCCCGUCUUUGCCUGUCCCGCUCAGAUGCUGGUCAUCCCAACACGGACACUGGACUGGGAAAGGGACGGGUCCCUUUGGGCACGGCCAGCAGUUGGCUUCAGGACCCGGACUCUGCUCUUGUGUAUGUGACCCCACCUCCUGGGAGCACUGGACCUUUGCCAAACACUUUACAGCUGUGAAGGAGGAGGUAGUAUGGAUGCCUGGGCUGGAGUGGGAGCCACACCCACAUGCCGCCUCUCACCCUGCACUGGCCUCUGAAGCCCCUGGCUGCUAGCUGCUGGCUGCCGGCUGCUGCCUCCCUUCCAGUUCGGGCCAGGAAAGGGGAGAGCUCUGCAGAGGAAAUCAGGGCCUGGUUGGGGUGAACAGGGUAAUCUCUCAUCUGAAAGGCCCCAAAAGAGAACGCAUGGGUCUCAAGGUACCUCUCACCUGAUCCCAACUGGAAUGAGCCUUCAACAUGCAGCCUCAGGGCCUCCCCUCCUCUGGUGCCUGACUCCACCUGGGGAGACAUGGCUGGAGGUGGACAGGUACGUGCAAGGAAAGGCAGUGCCGGGCAGUGGAGGCCUGGCCACAGGCUCUGCUCCCCUUGGGGCGGGGGGAGUUGUGGCAAGGUGGGUCUUCUACAGGCAUUGGCCCCAGACAUCCCACCAGAAGCCCCUGCUGCCCUCACCUCCCAGCCGGGCCCUGCAGCCUCCCAGCCAGCUCUGCAGGGUGCAGCCCUGAGGGCCCCCACUCUCCCAAGGAGCAGCCCACCCACUGCCCGUCAGGAAGGGGAGAGGCAGCGACACGCAUGGAAGACAGAGCAGCAGAGGGAAGGGCUGCCUCGGUGUUGGAGGGACAGGUAUUUUUGCGUUACUCCCGCCAUAAUGUGAACGUGCCAGCGACUGGGGCCUGGGCACGUCUGGGGCCUCUUUUGCAAACUCACCCCACCUCACCUCUUAUUGGGUCGUUUUUUUAAAAUAUAUAUUUUUAAUUAAUUUCAGAGAGGAAGGAAGAGGGAGAGAGAGAUAGAAAUAUCAAUGAUGAGAGAGAAUCAUUGAUUGGCUGCCUCCUGCAUGCCCCCCACUGGGGAUUGAGCCCACAACCUGGGCAUGUGCCCUUGACCGGAAUCGAACCUGGGACCCUUCAGUCAGCAGGCCGAUGCUCUAUCCAUGGAGCCAAACCGGCCAGGGCUUAUUGGGUCUUAUUCUUGUGCACUUUACCUUGGGACCAAAACUGCUCCCCCCAGCUCUUUACCCCGCUACCCCCUCCAGAGGCCUGGCAGAGAUGGGAUCUCUCCAUCUCCCCUCUGGGCUGGCUGCCCCGGCCCAGCCCUGUGGCCCCUGCAUCUCAUAACCUAUUUACUGUAUCUCCCAGAUGAUUUCCGGUGAUGCUCCCAAAUGCAGUGUCAGGUGACUUCAGGGGGCUCCUCCUGGUAGGGGUGGUGGCAGCGAAGGAUCCUUAUAGCUCAGGGUGACGGUGUCAGAGAUUCAGCGAGCCGUGCUGCUAGGCCCUGGUCUGGCUGCAGAACACACCACGAGGGGAAACUUUCAGUUCACAUCCAGCCCCUCUCAGCUGAGGCCAGAGGAAGGGAGGCCUCAUGGGAAGAUGGUUUCAUGUCUGGGGAGCAGGCUGAGUCAGGGCAGGGCUGGCCCAGCGGUGCCAGAAUCCAGGCCAUACCUGCAGCCGAUUCUCCAGCUCUGGUGUAUCUGCCUGGCCCUCCUCUGGUCACUUCAAACAUUCCUCAAGGCUUGGGAUGCCCCUCUCCCGUUUCCAGAGAACUGUCCGCAUGUGCAGGGACCAAAAGCCCAAGAUGUCAGGAUGGCUGGCCAGCAUCCCGUUCCACCUCCUGAUUAGGGAGGAGGUGGGGAGGGGGGGGGCUGUUUCUUAUCCUGGGCCUCUACCCUGGCAGAAGGGUGGGGUUCUGAGAGGAAACAGGCCCACGGACAGAAGCAAGGUGGUUUCCCAGCCCUGGGCCUCGGUCAUACCCAGGUUACUUUGCAGUGUCUUUUUAACCUUCUCAGAAAAUUUCUCAAUCUCUGUGAUUUGUGUACUACUAAUGAACUGUGGGCAAUAAAUGAUGGAUUUAAAGCA